UAAAAGCUUUUAGCUGAGACCGGAGUGGACAUCAGUCGACAAAGUCUGCAACCAACCAACCAACAUGAAUUGUACUACCCUGAGUCUGAGUCUUUGCGUCCUGCUGGCCGUUGUGGCCGCAAUCGUCGUCGAUGGCGCCUCCCAUGAGAAUCGCCAACGACGCGGCCUCUUCAGUGGACUCCUAGGAGGUGGAGGCUACGGUCAACAGCAUGGAGGCUAUGAUAACCAAGGAUACGGAGGCUAUGGUAACCAAGGAUACGGAGGGUACGAAAACCAAGGAUACGGAUACAGCGGAUACAAUCAGGGGUACGGCGGAUAUAACCAAGGAUACGGGGGUUACGGCGGUGGUUAUUAAAUCUCGAGAAAAAUAUUAAUUGUUAUUUAUAUUAUUCUUGAUGUUCCUUUGUACCAUAAAAUACUAUGAUUCAAUGAUCUGUAUUUCGCCAUUUCAGUCAGAAAAUUGGUACAACAUUUUCAAUCAUAUCUGUAUAACUGCUAUUGUGAUUAAAUUUUCAAAUCAUUUAAAGAAAUAAAACACAAAUUUAUUUACAUUA